CCAGCAAACUGAAUGUCAGUUUGAACUCUUUUCCAGUUUCCACAUUUAACAGUUCAUUGAGGAUGGUAACGACGAAAACUCCUCGAUAGGUAAACCCUAGAAUUUCAAUUUUCGAAUUCGAAAGUGCAAUUUGGCAAAUUACUGGUCAUCUACCUCAAUCUGACAACAAUGUGAAACAAUGUGAAAUUGGUUGACGAAGAUGGUGCACGAUUAAUGGCCAAUUUGUGUAGAUUGAGAUGGUUGCUGUUGAUAUGCUUAGAGAAGCACUAUUUGGAUGUUGCAGCUCAAGGUCAUAGUUUUUGCCCGUUGACAUUUUAGAUACCAGUACCUAAGAAAUGGGAAACUGCACGUCUUGUGUAACUUCAGAUGUUCAAGUACAUGGAUAUGGGUGCCUUGAACAUGCAUUGCACAUUCAAGCUGCAAUUGGAAACAGACGGCAUCCAGUUGGUUCUGUGCACUCUCAGCAGGGAGCCAAAGGUGUAAACCAAGAUUCUGCUGUUCUCUACCAGGGAUAUGGAAUAGAGGAUGGGGCAUUCUGUGCCGUUUUUGAUGGGCAUGGAAGCAAUGGACACAUAGUGAGCAGGGUAGUAAGGAACCAGUUGCCUUCAUUACUACUGAACCAAAGGAAAUAUAUGGAAUGGAAUGAGGCACUUGUUAGUGCCUUUAAAGCAACGGACAAGGAGAUUAAGCUGCUUGAGAACGCGGACUGUUCUUUCAGUGGAAGUACUGCCGUGGUUGUUGUCAAACAGGGUGAAGACCUUAUCAUCGCCAAUCUUGGAGAUUCCCGAGCUAUCCUCGGAACAAUAACUGAAAAUGGAGUCCAAGCUAUUCAAUUAACAAGUGAUCUAAAGCCUGAUGUACCUAGUGAAGUUGACCGGAUUAAGAAAGCUAAUGGUCGGGUGUUUGCUCAUGAGAGUCAACCACACAUCCAACGUGUGUGGUUGCCUAAUGAGGAUGUCCCAGGCCUUGCAAUGACCCGUGCUUUUGGUGAUUUUGAUAUGAAGAGCCACGGGAUUAUUGUCACGCCCGAGGUCACUCAUCGUCGCUUAACCCCCGAAGACCAAUUUCUUCUACUUGCUUGUGAUGGGGUUUGGGAUGUUCUUAGCAAUGAAGAAGUUGUGUCAGUUGUGAAAUCAGUAAAGAACAAGGAGGCAGCUGGUAAAGCAGUAGUAGACGAAGCUCUUGCUGCAUGGAAGCGUAAGUUUCCUUCAGCAAAAGUUGAUGACUGCACUGCUGUCUGCCUGUUCUUGCAGGAUAGAGAAGACAGUUUGUUGCUUCCUACGACUUGAGAGUUGAGAUACAUAAUCUGUAACCAUAUUAAUGAGUUCUAAUAAUCGAAGCUCGUGACCCAUAUCCGAUUUUCUGAAGCUGCAAAACCUGAUUGUGGUUCAUAAUGUUUGCUCUGAAAUUGGAAUAAUGAGGGAUGCAUUAUGUCCAUUAAUUUAAUGUGUAUAUAAAUUCCAUCACUUUCUUUGUGAUGCACAUGUAUUGCGUAUAUAUAAUAUAAUGUAAUUGUAUUUAAAAGAUUUUGUACCUAAUUGUUUUUGCUUUUACAUCAAAAUAUCACUUUUUAUUACUGGUAA